CUGCAAACUCCGCAAACCUCCGGCGCCAACGUCAGUCAGUCAGUCAGUAACGAGGCACGGAAUUUCGACCGACGCCCAACCACCAAUUUGUUGUUUCUGUUGUAUACGAACAAAACAUCCCAACCCCGUAUGAGUGGCGCCGCGCUCCACGAGCCUGGGACACGCAAUGUCUCGGCGCUGCACACAUACAUCUCGGCCGCUUGCCUUGCCUGGUUCGUCAUAGUAUGGGGUGUGGUUGCCAUCGGCGUCACCCAGCUAUUUCGCUACUACUCAAAGCCACCGCGGCCAGCAGUAUGUACGACCCAACUGGAAGAAGACGAGGUGCCCCAUGUCACCGUAAUUCGGCCAGUCAAGGGCCUCGAACCGCGACUCUAUGAGUGUCUCGAGGCCACUUUUCGUUUGGAUUACCCCAAUAAAAAGCUCACAAACGUCCUUUGUGUAUCGUCGCGUUCCGAUCCCGCGCUUCCUAUCCUUGAGCGUCUUAUUCGCGACUUCCCCGCCGUUGAUGCACGCAUAACCAUCGAGGAGGAAGACCCGCUGCUACUCAAGAACCGCCAUGCCCUCGGUCCCAACCCCAAGAUUCGUAACAUGAGUCGCGCGUAUAGAGAGGCCCCCGAGGGUUCCAUCAUAUGGAUACUGGACUGCAACGUGUGGCUUGGUAGGGGCGUCUGUGGCCGCAUGGUGGAUCUGCUGUGUGGCUACGGUGGAAACAUCAAAUACAAAUUCGUUCACCAGACGCCCUUGACCAUCGAUCUCGAUUCCCAGAGCCUGUCUUCGGAGGAAAGGGAACAACUUCUAGGCGGCGAAGUUCACGCCGAGAUUGCUUCCAACAUCGCCGCCAGCACCAGUUCCGACCCUCGCAAUCAUUCCCGAGGCCGCUUCCGCAAGCUCCUUCAGCGCGGUGGAGGUCGCCUGGAUGAGGCCUUUAUGUCGAGUGCCCACGCCAAAUUCUACAACGCCAUCAACACUGUUGCCGUUGCUCCGUGCGUCAUGGGCAAGAGCACAAUGUUUCGUCGCUCCCAGCUCAACAACGUGACCAACACCAACCCCGACCGCGCCCCUGGUAUCGACUUUUUCUCCGACAACAUUUGCGAGGAUCACCUCAUAGGCGACGCGCUGUGGAAGAAACCCCAACCCUUCGAGAAGCCUGGCUACCAAUCUUCUUCCUCCUCCGAGAAGAAGUCAGAAAAGUGGGGCAAACACGCGAUGCUCUUUGGCGACCUCUGCUUCCAACCCAUCUCCCACACUUCGAUAUCCGCCUGCAUCGACCGCCGUCUUCGCUGGUUGCGCGUCCGCAAGUUUACAGUCACGGCCGCGACCUUCGUCGAGCCUGGCACCGAAGCCAUCGUUUGCAGUCUCUACGGCGCAUACGCACUCACCACCCUCCCUUUCGCUUCCACCACUCUGUCGAUCCCUCCGACCUGGCUGUCCUUCGUUCUCGUCUGGCUCGCUAGCAUGACGCUCUGGGCUGCCGUCGAUUACAUAGUAUACCUUCUCCUGCACAGCGCAAAGACCGUAGAGUUGGAUGCGCACACGCCAGAUUUCAUACUCCCCCAGCGCUCCCAGAACGCAUAUCACCAGCAGGUAGCGCCUACAUCUGACCCGCAGCCUCCUCCGUCUCCUUCUUUACCUGCUGCUCCCCCAGCAGACGACACACAGCCGCUCCUCGCUUCCAGCAAUUCCUCCAACACUGCAACGGGCAAGAAAGACAAGGCAACACCUGCGGUCCCGAGUCUUCUCGACGGCGCACGUCGCGGGCUGCGCGAAUGGACAGUAGCAUGGUUGGGACGAGAGAUUUCCGCCCUGCCAAUCUGGCUCGUGGCGUUUUGGGGCGGUGUUACUGUUGAGUGGCGUGGACGGAGGUUCUGGGUUGGACUCGAUAUGAGAGUUCAUGAGAUUUUGGAGUCCUAA